CAAGCCAUGGCUGGGCUCAAUGUCUCCUGCGGUUAUUUCUUUGCUGUUGUGGCUCUCUGUGAGGUGGUCAGGAUGGUCUCCAGAAGGGUCUUGCCACCUUGGGUCUAUUCCACCUUACUGGUGGAGUUGGCUGCCUGCUUCCAACUAGGGGCUUGCUGGCUUGAGCUCAGGAUGUUGGUGAUGAUUGGGCCAUGGGGAGGUGGGUUUGGCAUGGACGUGGUUCUGACUCUAUUCUUCAUCCUCUUCUUGAUCCAUGAAGCCACAUUCGAUGGGGCACAAGCCAAUCCCCUGAUCACCUUGCAGGAACUGCUCCGCUCCAACUCUCCGCUGGGAGCCACUACUCUGAGGAUCCUGUCCCAGUUCGGAGGGACACAGUUGGCCAGCGUCGUCACCAGAGUGUACUGGUCCUGGGAGCUGACAGAGUUCCAUCUCAUCCAGAACCUGAUGGCCAUUGACUGCAGCUCCACCAUCCAGACAUCUGUCAGCCAUGGUGCCUUGGUUGAAGCAGUCUGCACCUUCCUUUGCCACCUGGUUGUGAUGAAAUUUGAGGGAGCAGCUUUUGGCUGUAGGAUUCUGUCCAAAGCCCUAACCAUCACUGCCCUGGUGUAUAUAGCUGGCCCAUAUACCACAGCUUUAUUUAAUCCAGCACUUGCAUUCUCCGUCACGUUCCACUGCUCUGGGAACACCUUAUCAGAAUACAUGAUCGUCUACUGGCUUAGCCCACUCAUUGCAACAAUUUCGGCUGUCUUCCUAUUCAAUGGAAACAUUCCUCUGCUUUUCUCCAAGAAUCUCCUCUAUUCCCAAAGGACAAAGUACAAAAUUCCCAGAGGGAAAACAACAUUAGGUCCAGAAGAGAACAAGACAGCCAAUAGGCAACAGGCAAGGAAGAGAGAUCCCUGGAAGAAGGGCUCUGAGAUGGUAACAGAGACGGAGAAUGACAAGUGAGACCUGAUACAUUUGAUUUGAGGAGCAUGUCAACAGUGUGUUUGAUGUAGUGUAAGUGACUGGAACCACAUCGAAUGGAAAGGUGGUGGAAACAGAUCAAAAGUGGUUAGUAAAAGGGGAAGAGAUAAAAACUUAUUAAACAAUACAAGGCAAUGGAACAGAGCAGGGCUAAGUGCUGUCAGAAUAUAUAAAAGGCUGGUGGCUGGCUGGUAUUUUACUCCCUACAUUGGAGCUGGUUACAAUACACACACCCUCACUGCAUACGUUCUAUCAAUGUUCAAUUCUAAUAAUCCGGCACCCUCAGAACUUUGGUGAUGCUGGACUGGCAGAUUUUCUGGACAAUUAGAUGUUAUUCCAAUUAAUACUGCAACACACCAUUCACUGUUUUAGAAGUUACACAGUGCAGUAGUAAAAUACAUUUACAUGUGAAUCGAGUAAGUUUCAAGGGGGUGUGGAAACAGAACCGGGUGAGUUUUGAGGGACCAUGGGAACCGGGGUCCCGGUGUGUUAGAGGGUGCAGGAACCAGGGUCCCAGUGAGUUCGAGGGUGCAGGAACCGGGGUCCCGGUGUGUUAGAGGGUGCAGAAACUGGGGUCCCGGUGAGUUAGAGGGUGCAGGAACCGGGGUCCCGGUGAGUUAGAGGGUGCAGGAACCGGGGUCCCGGUGUGUUAGCGGGUGCAGGAACCGGGGUCCCGGUGUGUUAGCGGGUGCAGGAACCGGGGUCCCGGUGUGUUAGAGGGUGCAGGAACCGGGGUCCCGGUGUGUUAGAAGGUGCAGGAACCGGGGUCCCGGUGAGUUAGAGGGUGCAGGAACCGGGGUCCCGGUGAGUUAGAGGGUGCAGGAACCGGGGUCCCGGUGAGUUAGAGGGUGCAGGAACCGGGGUCCCGAUGUGUUAGAGGGUGCAGGAACCGGGGUCCCGGUGAGUUAGAGGGUGCAGGAACCGGGGUCCCGGUGAGUUAGAGGGUGCAGGAACCGGGGUCCCGGUGUGUUAGCGGGUGCAGGAACCGGGGUCCCGGUGUGUUAGCGGGUGCAGGAACCGGGGUCCCGGUGUGUUAGAGGGUGCAGGAACCGGGGUCCCGGUGUGUUAGAAGGUGCAGGAACCGGGGUCCCGGUGAGUUAGAGGGUGCAGGAACCGGGGUCCCGGUGAGUUAGAGGGUGCAGGAACCGGGGUCCCGGUGAGUUAGAGGGUGCAGGAACCGGGGUCCCAGUGAGUUAGAGGGUGCAGGAACCGGGGUCCCGAUGUGUUAGAGGGUGCAGAAACCGGGGUCCCGGUGAGUUAGAGGGUGCAGGAACCGGGGUCCCGGUGAGUUAGAGGGUGCAGGAACCGGGGUCCCGGUGUGUUAGAGGGUGCAGGAACCGGGGUCCUAGUGAGUUAGAGGGUGCAGGAACCGGGGUCCCGGUGUGUUAGAGGGUGCAGGAACCGGGGUCCCGGUGAGUUAGAGGGUGCAGGAACCGGGGUCCUGGUGAGUUAGAGGGUGCAGGAACCAUGGUCCCGGUGUGUUAGAGGGUGCAGGAACCGGGGUCCCAGUGUGUUAGAGGGUGCAGGAACCGGGAUCCCGGUGAGUUAGAAGGAGCGCAAGAAUCAGCUCUGAAUGAGCCAAGUGUUGGACCAUUAGCGGAUUAUUGGAGCUUUACUCUAUUCUCUUUAUGUAUGUACCCUCUGGGUAACUGACCUCGAAUACAAUCUUGUUUGUUUAACUCCAUGCACUGCCCCUUCCCAAUGGCUCCAUUAAAGAGACCAGAAUUUAAUUGUGUUUAAGGUGCAAAGCCGCAGUGGAGGUGCCUGUGCUGAGGGGACACGAGAGAAAGUGUCAAUGGUGGUUUAAUGUGUGAAACUUCAGGUUCCUCCAGGUCUCUGGGACCUGAGAGCAGAUCGAUGGAAGACGACACUGGGUGCAGCCUCUGCAAACAGUAAUGGCAACACAGGCAUUAAGAAUAAAAAAAAUUACUAUGUUGCAUCAAUAUUUAAUGCACUAUUAAAUUAAGAUAUACUUGUGGAAUCAGACAUAUUAUGGAGUGCUUGCUUUCUCUGAAAGACCAAGUGUCAGCGAUGAUCACUGGGAUGGACUGAGAGCUCCUACAGGCUUCAUCAGCAAGGGGCCCAAGAGGAGAUAAUCUCCAGCCCAGGGUGGGCAUAGACUUACAGUGGCUUCCUAUUGACCCAGCUUUAGUAUGACAGUGGAGUUAGCCCAGUUAGGGUCAACACUGGCCCUGAACUUCACAUACCAUUGCAGUGGUGGAGAUGUCAUUAAGCUUGGAUUAUCAAUGCUAAACAGGACAAUGAAGGCAACACACAGGGUCACGGAUUGAAAUGUGCAUUGGCAAAACUGUCAAGACCUCAAAGGUGAGUUACAAGAAACUGUUUGCCAAAAUUAUUCUUCUACACAAAAUCUCAAGUGCCACACUGGUCAAAGGGACGCCUGCUUAUUGACAAGGCACUGAGUGAAUGGGAAGACCCGGUGGGUGAAGGUUGCUCCCUGUAGCUUCACCUGCCUGACUAUGGGUUGGAUGCAGUGCCAAGGUUGGGGCCUUGCCUCGUCUUUUUCCUUUAUCUCAUAAUAACAGAGAGCUUUCCUCCCUCUCUUCUGAUCAUCUCACCCCCAUCCUCCUCUGUUUGUGACAUUUUGUGAUAUUUAAAGAUGUGUUCAUUAUCAGUCCAGAGCGGAAUCUGAUCCAUUAUGUAAAUAGCUUGGGAAAAACAGUUUUUGUUGGGGUGUGCCUUUAAGACUGACAUUAUCAGUUGGUAAUAUGACCUCUGUGCCAAUGCACGAUGGGGUGUGUGUUGCUCACUGGUACUGUCUUAGCGCUCAUAGGCUGUUCCUGGGAACAAGAGCACUGUGAAUCAAUGCUAAAAGGGGUCAUUAUAGCAUCAUACAGAGAGGGAUGGAGUACUGAGGUCACUGCUGUGAGGGAACCUGGUAAGGGGCUCAGUGCUCCACGAACAACCUUGCAGCAAUGAAACAGUUAAAGUGAUGACAUCACCACAAGGCAACAUGCCUGUGAGGGCUGGCAUCAGGUGGGCAGGGGAGAAUGGUGCUGGGAUAUGGGGCUCAGUGUUAUACCCUGGCUGGUAUGGUGAAUGUGGGCCAUAACUAAGGACUGGGAUCUGCUUCAUGUGUACACAGACUGCUUGGAUCCUACAAGUCUUUUCCAUCACCUCCUGUUGGAUGUGAUGCAAGCUGCUGUCUGCCCCACUCUUUGCUUGGCCUGAGCUUGUUACCACGGGUAAGGAAAUGUGUUUGAAUGUCCCGGAAAAGAAUAAGCAACAGUUACAUUUCGAUGCAUCAUGAGUGUCACAAGAGAGGUUCUGCAGUUCCAGUGAGUGGGCCGUCAGUAUACUGGUUAUUAGCAGUAAUGAGAGUUUGAUUAAAUGAUUUCCAGAGCAGGCUUGUAGCUGGGUUCUAGAUUUAUAUUAUCAGAUAAAGUCCAUGGAUGUUGAGUGAGAAAUGAGGAAUUUGUUAGUGGAAGAGAAAUGUUGGUGUUGUAGGAUGGUAGCGAGAUGUGGUUAUAUCAGCACUUUUGUGAAGGUACGAGACUUAAAUUUAGGUGUAAUAUCUGGAUGGUGAGGAGGUUUAUCAUGAAGAGUAGUUGAUCAGUGAUGGACAUGAGUUAUCACUGAAUUGAUGUACCCCCAUAUGCUGCGCUGUAAGAACGUUUGCCAGUAUUUAUAACUUGAAGAGUUAUUGUUGGUACAAUUAUAUCAAUGGUACAAUUAGAUGGACAUUGUUAAUGGAGUAACUCUGUUUAAGGACUUUGUUAAUUCCAAACACCACAUGAGAUUAUAACCCAUGAAUAAGUAAGUUAGGAUUUUUACAUCCACUUGAAUUGGUGCCAAUCCUGAACUUUUGGGUGCUGAGAAGCUUGUGACUGUCUCACCUCUAAGUGGUGAAUAGGUGGAGUCUAAACCUGCAUCUAACCUUUUGGCUUAUAGCAUCAUACAGAUAUACAGCAUGGAAGGAGGCCCAUUAGCCCACCGUCUAUGCUGUCCAUCAAGCACCUAUUUAAACUAAUCCUACACUAAUCCCAUUUUAUUCUCCCCAUAUUCCCAUCAACUUCCCCCCCCACUCCCAGAUUCUACAACUCACCUACACAUUGGGUGCAAUUUACAGCGGCCAAUUAACCUAACGACCCACACACCUUUGGGAUGCGGGAGGAAACCAGGGUGCCCAGAAGAAACCCAGUGGUCAAGGGGGAACGUGCAAACUCCACACAGACAACACCUGAGGUCAGGAUUGAACUGUGGUCCCUUGUGCCGUGAGGCAGUGGCUCCACCAGUUGCAUCACUGUGCCACCCCUGGAUCACAAGUUUACAGCAAGGUUUUUGUUUGAAAGCAGAUUGCGAGAUUCAGAGUGCAGAGUGCAAGCCAUUACACCAUGGAACCCACUGAUUAAUAGCAAAUAUCAAUAACAUCCCGGGAGAAUUAUCCAGUCUCCCAGAAACAAAGGAACUGUUGUAUUCAAUAAAAUGUCUCUGUUACCUCA